GCCUUUCUCACUUAUGCAGCUGUUCGUGUUUGUGUUGGGCGCUGUCCUUAUCUCUCAAUUUUAUUUAUAAAGUGAGUGAUUCGUUGCUGCUGAGUCAGGAAAGUGGCUGAGAUUGGGUUUUUGUUGUGAUUCCAACAAAUCCACGUUUGAGCCACACACACUUUGUUUCUCUUUGUCCCAUUCCAAUCCCAAACUUUCUUGUGGCUCUCUCUCUCUCUCUCUCUCUGUUUCAAUUCCCGUUUUGUUUUUUACUUCUUAUAUUCUCCGCCACCUGAACAUUACCCAUCCAUCUCAUAACACACACCCCAGAAAAGCACCCUCACUUGUUCGUUUCAACGUUCUUUCUAUUGAUACGUUAACACUUUUGAUUCCUUUCACAUUCUUAUAACUGACUAACUAACGAUCUGUGAAUCAAAGAAAAAGGUUGUUGUUGGGUUCUGUUCCCUUUUCACUGUGAGUUUCAUCUGAUUCUUUGGGAGACUGCUAGAGCACGUGUUGUACAGGAAGUUGUUUGUAUGGGUUCUUGGCUUCACUUUUGUGAGGGUUGAAGAGUAAUAUAAUUUGGAGCAGUUUUGAGCCAAUUAGAUGGGAGAUGUGGCGAAGGACCUUGCAGCUGGGACUGUUGGAGGGGCAGCACAGUUGAUAUGUGGACACCCAUUUGACACCAUCAAGGUCAAGCUCCAAAGCCAGCCUGCACCACUCCCUGGUCAGCUUCCCAAGUACUCAGGUGCAUUUGAUGCUGUUAAGCAGACAAUAGCAGCUGAAGGAGCAAGGGGUUUAUACAAAGGUAUGGGUGCUCCGCUUGCUACGGUAGCAGCCUUCAAUGCUGUCCUGUUUACAGUGAGGGGACAAAUGGAAACAUUAGUGAGGUCCAAUCCUGGUUCCCCCCUCACAGUGGAUCAGCAGUUUGUUUGUGGAGCUGGAGCCGGAGUUGCUGUUUCCAUUCUUGCCUGCCCAACUGAAUUGAUCAAAUGCAGGUUACAAGCACAAAGUGCGCUUGCCGGCUCCGAAACAGCUACCGUGGCGGUUAAGUAUGGAGGACCUAUGGAUGUGGCCAGGCAUGUUCUUAGGUCAGAAGGGGGCGUGAGAGGUCUUUUCAAGGGCUUGGUUCCCACUAUGGGACGUGAGAUACCUGGAAAUGCUAUAAUGUUUGGUGUAUAUGAAGCAUUAAAGCAAAAGUUUGCAGGAGGUACUGAUACUUCUGGCCUAAGUAGAGGUUCUCUGAUUGUUGCUGGAGGCUUGGCUGGAGCUUCCUUCUGGUUCUUGGUUUACCCAACUGAUGUUAUUAAGAGUGUGAUUCAAGUAGAUGAUCACAGAAACCCGAAAUUUUCUGGUUCAUUUGAUGCAUUCAGAAAGAUUCGAGCUACAGAAGGAUUCAAAGGCUUGUAUAAGGGUUUUGGUCCUGCAAUGGCCCGUAGUGUUCCUGCAAAUGCAGCAUGCUUCUUGGCAUAUGAGAUGACAAGAUCAGCUCUGGGAUGAUUAAUUCUUGUAACAGGCUUGAUAUCAAAUUCUCAUCUUUCUUUUUCUUUUUGUUCACUAAACAUUUUUAUUCUAUCCAUUGACAUAUAGCCACACAAACGCGUCUUCCGUUAUUGCUUCAAUCAACGACUCAUUCUUUCAUUAGUAAUACAAACAUCCUUAUUUUCAA